AGGUGUUAGUAACCUUCCUAAAGUUUUUCUUCAUUCUAUUGGAAUUAGUAUCGGUAAUGCACUAACUUUUAAUGCUCUCGUUUGCUUUACGCAAACUUCAUCUCCUCAUCUUCCUCCUCCCAAUCUAUGCUUUCUUGCGUUCUAUAAAUAAUCAAGAACGCACCAUCUUACUUCUCAUUCUACAAACAAACAUCUAAUUCCUCAUUUUUAUCUAAUUCGGAUCAAAGCUUUUCGGUUCGAUUUAUCUACUUGUAGCCAUGUCUCAGACCGUGGUCCUCAAAGUUGGUAUGUCAUGCCAAGGAUGCGUUGGUGCCGUCAAUAGAGUCCUAGGCAAAAUGGAAGGUGUUGAGUCAUUUGACAUUGAUAUAAAGGAACAAAAGGUGACAGUGAAAGGUAGAGUUGAGCCUGAGGCAGUUUUUCAAACAGUUUCCAAGACUGGAAAAAAGACUUCUUACUGGCCCGUGGAGACUGAGGCUGAGCCUAAAGCCGAGGUUGAGCCUAAGGCGGAGACUGAGACAAAAGCUGAAGCUGAGACCAAGACUGAAGGUAAGGUUGUUGAGGUACUGGAUGCUAAGGUUGAUGCUACUAAGGUCGAGCCUGAGGCUAAUGUUGAACCGAAAUUCGCAGAAACGGAGACUAAGACCGAGGGUAAGGCUGAUGAUGAGGUACUUGAUGCCAAGGUUGAUCCUAAGGUCGAUGCUAAGGCUGACGUUGAACCGAAACUCGUUGAAGCCGAGACUAAGCCACCACAAGUUUAAUUACUAAAGAUUGUAAUGAUGCUUUCAAUCCAUAUUUGCAAUGUUUCUUAUUAUCUUAUGUUUAUCUGUUGUUGUAAUAACUAAGAAAUGUAUCCGAUUUAGUCAAAAAUGUUUUCUCUAAACAA